AUGGAUGGAGAUUUCCAACAAAAACGAUGCAGAUCUAGACAGCUUGGUAUUGUUGAUAAUGGCAAUCCAAACAUCUUUCUCACUUCUGAGGCUGAGAAAGCAAAGUUUGGUGACAAAGCAGAUGUCGACAAAUAUGAUCGAGCAGAGGCUGCUGCGACCGAGGAUUGUCUUCUGGAAAAUUUAGAUAGCGAGUUUCAAGCUCUCAGCAAUAACCGCAGAGCUACCAGCAACCGCUUUGAUGAAAAUGGUGUCUUCAGUAUAAAUUGUGCUCGUCAUGGAAUUGUUGAAAGACUAUUUGAUAUUUUUGAGGAAGAAGGGUAA